AAACGCAGCGAGGAAAGACUUGAGGAGGGCGUCCUCCUGUAACGGAUAAUAAGCUCUCAAGCGGAACUUUAAUGGCGGCAGCAUCAUCACCACUCGUACCUUUGCAAGCAGCAGCAAGGAUCAACCACAACAAUGGGAGCUCCGGCACCAUCCACAGCUUCUUCUUCCUCCUCCCUCGGGCCCCAAUUACGGAGGCCUCCCUCAAACCUCAAUGUCGGACGAGACCCAACUGUGGUUCCAGCCGGGACCCGCAGUCCCGCCACCACCUGCCUGAAGCGGCACCCACCACCAGCUCUCCAAAUCACGCACCCCUGAUAGCAGCCGAGGCCUACGGUGGCGAGCAGGGCAGUCGCAGCUCUCCGGUCGAGAGGCUCCGGGUGAAGGAUUCAUGUCCUCUGCAAGAGCUCCGGGAGAACGACGGGGAUUGGAGCAGGGACCGGUUCUGGGCUAACGUCAAAUCCCUCAGGCACGCCUCAAGAUCACGUGAAAUCCUCCGGUUACUUGAAGCGUGGAAGAAUGUAAAGCCAUCAUGGAUCACUGCAACCGACUAUGAGAGGAUCAUGGAGUUAUUAUGCGAGGAGGACCUUCUUGAUGAUGCAGUUUCGGUGCUUAAAGAAAUGGAAACCAGCGGCCUGAGGGCCUCUCUGGAGACGUACAACUCUAUAUUACACAGUUUUGCCAACCUGGGGAGAUUCGAGGAGGUGUCAUCUUUUCUCAAUGAAAUGAAGGAACAAGGUUUUGUGCCUGACACUGAUACUUACAGAGGUCUGAUUAGGGCCUAUGGGAAACACAAGAAGUUCGAUGAGAUGGGUUUGUGCAUGAAAAAGAUGGAAGCCAACGGACAUUUGCCGGAUUAUGUGAUCUAUAAUGUACUCAUCAGAGAGUAUUCAAGGGGUGGGUUGAUCCACUGUAUGGAAAGUGUGUAUCGAACCCUGCUCUCGAAAAGAAUGUAUAUUCAGCCCUCUACUUUGGUUUCAGUUCUCGAGGUGUACACAAACUUGGGAAUCCUGGAUAAGAUGGAGAGGGCUUACGUGAGGGUCUCAAACUCAAAAGUUCUCUUACGGGAGGACUUGAUUAGGAAAAUGACCUCAGUUUAUAUAAAGAAUUUAAUGUUCUCGAGGUUAGAUGACCUGGGACUCAAUCACCCCUCGACUGAUAUUGGAGAUCUAAGUUGGUGCCUCCGCCUGCUUUCUCAUGCUUGUCUAUCGAGUCAGAGGGGCAUCGAUUCUAUUGUUGACAAGAUGGAAGAAGAGAGGGUUCCAUGGAGUGUGACAUUCAUCAACACUAUCUUGCUUGCUUACCUAAAAAUGAAGGAUAUCAAGCGCUUGAGGGUUUCACUCUCACAGCUGCCUGCUGGAAAUGUGAAACCCGACAUGGUGACCGUAGGAGUGCUGCUAGAUGCAAAGAGAAUUGGGUUUGAUGCGACCGGGACAUUACAUGGGUGGAGAAGGAUGAGAUUUCUGGAUCAUGAUGCGGAAAUGAGGACUGACCCUCUGGUUCUUUCUGCCUUCGGGAAGGGUCGUUUCUUAAGAAGUUGUGAGGAGGUAUAUUCUAGUCUUGAGCCUGAGGCCAGAGGUAGGAAAAGGUGGACUUAUGCUAACCUCAUCGACUUGGUAUCAAAAGUUUGAGAACUGAGCAGGUCCGGUCAGUUUAAGAAUAUGUUCAUAGCUGGAAACCGUUCCUUCAAAACUUCCGGAGGAUCUAUUGAUGGUGGACCGAACUCGGAUAGGAUGCAGGUGGAAUGAAGUCUGUCAUUUGCACGCAUCUGGAAUUCAAUUAGUUCAGUAGGGGAUAAAUCUUUUCUACACUAUUAUGUCAAUGAAUACUCUGACUACAGCAGAGAUGUAUGCUCAAGGAGGAUGAUGAUUAUCGGACAUGUAGAAGCAGCAAGGAGGAUCACCUUUCUCUUUCACUAUAAUAAGUUCUAAUAAACCACAACGAGCUGGCCCCCACAGUGGAGGUCGUCCAUUUAUCAGAAUAUUGCAUCACUGUUGGAAGAUGACCCCAUGAGGAUUCUUGUUCACACUGCUGGGGCUCAAGUGAUGGCUAUCUCAAUCCUCGGGGCUCAAACAAUGGCUGUCUCGGUGAAACUGUCGGUUCUUCAUGGUUUGUUCCAAUGUCAUUUUCCUUAAAUUUCUAAUUAUAAUUAGAAUUGGAAUUGGAACCAUGGGAGGUUGAUAUCUGCAUGUUUUUGAAUCUGGUGGCUGUUUUAGGCACUCGGUUGAGCUUCAGCACACAAUCUGAAUAGUUCGGUUUCGGUGCUUUUAGCUUUUGGCUUGUGACGAUACAUAAAACAGCAUGUCCUCUGAGGAUGUUGCCUGGGGAAGGCAUCCGUCAAUGGAAAACACCUCAUUCAUGGAGCA